AUGGACGCUUUUGUGAGGUGGGAGCGUCCAGAAGACGUUACUCGCAUGCGUGAAUGGGUCACGAGAUCGAGGAAAGGCGCAUGCGUCGAUGGUGGAAAAGGACUGUUGGAAAAGACGGCGGAGAAAUGCGCCUAUGAGGGCGAGAGCGCGAGGACUGGCAUGGCAGCUCACAGCAGAGUCCAUCCUUUGAGUUGCAAGCCGACGUUGGCCUGGAACGAGAUAAGGAGGACGCAAAAAGUCUUCAAGAUUCCUGUGAAGAACCCAUCCACCCCGGCGAAGGAGGGAAAAGUUCGUUUUGUUUGCAUGAGUGACACCCACAACCGCACAAAGAAUCUGCCAUUUGUCGUUCCAAAGGGCGAUGUGCUCAUACAUGCAGGGGACUUCACAUAUAUUGGGGAAACUGAAGAGAUAACUGCCUUCAAUGAAUGGCUUGGGGAGCUUCCUCACAAGUUCAAGGUGGUUAUAGCAGGGAACCAUGAAUUGAGUUUUGAUCCACUCUAUGAGGGAAAGCUGCCUGAAGUUCUUCGAGCAACUCACAUAGGCCACGGAGUGCUCUCACCAAUUCCCCGCCGUGGCCAGGCAGGGGAUCACCUUGCUUCUGAUGUCAAUAGGAAGGCAGCAGAGCAGGCAAAGAAACUUCUCACCAAUGCAAUCUAUUUGGAAGAUUCAUCCACCAUGUUGUAUGGCAUCAAGAUAUAUGGGACCCCAUGGCAGCCAGAAUUCGGUCAGGGGGCCUUCAAUCUACCUCGGGGUGAAGAAUGCCUAGCCAAGUGGGACCUGAUCCCAGAUGAUACUGACAUCUUGGUGAAAUGGUUGGAUCAGCAGCGAGAGAGGCAUAGAGUGAAGCGGAGUUCUAUAGGGGGAAGGCGGAUGGAAUCAGCAGACCUGGCCUCUUUCUUCCACUCACUUCGUGAAUUCCAUGAGGAUUCCCAAAGGUCAUCCUUAUCCCAGGGCUCCUUCCCAUUCCCUGACCCCCUCUAUGGAGAACAGUGGUACUUGCAUGGGGGAGCGGAUGGGGGAUGGGAUAUGAAUGUGGCCCCAGUCUGGAAGAAAGGCUAUACAGGGAAAGGAGUUGUCAUCUCCAUCUUGGAUGAUGGCAUUCAACAUGAUCAUCCAGAUAUCCAUCUCAAUUAUGAUCCUCUGGCAAGUUAUGACAUUAAUGACAAGGACCCUGACCCAAUGCCUCGAAACAACGGUGACAACAAGCAUGGGACCCGAUGUGCUGGAGAAGUUUCAGCCACAGCCUUCAAUCACUACUGUGGUGUUGGAGUUGCCUACAACUCCAGCAUUGGCGGUGUGAGGAUGUUAGAUGGUCCUGUGAAUGAUGCUGUGGAGGCCCAUGCUCUGAGUCUGAACCCUGACCACAUUGACAUUUACUCAGCAUCCUGGGGACCUGAAGAUGAUGGGAAGACUGUAGAUGGACCUGGACCUUUGGCCAGGCGGGCCUUCAUCAAUGGCAUCAUGAAGGGUCGAUCAGGUAAAGGAUCCAUCUUUGUGUGGGCCUCGGGGAAUGGAGGAAGGCAUGUGGAUAACUGCAAUUGUGAUGGAUACACCAAUUCCAUCUUCACACUCUCUAUCUCCAGUGCCACUCAGCGCGGCUUGAAACCAUGGUAUCUAGAGGAGUGCGCCUCAACUUUGGCAACAACAUACAGCUCAGGAACUCCAUCACAAGAUAAGGGAGUGGCUACCUGUGAUCAGGAUGCUGAGCUUCGACAUGACCGCAUCUGUACUGUUGAACACACUGGGACUUCAGCAUCUGCUCCAAUAGCUGGGGCUAUCUGUGCCCUGGCCUUAGAAGCAAACCAUGAAUUGACAUGGAGGGACAUGCAGUAUCUGGUGGUUAUGACAUCAAGACCAGAACCAUUGCAGCGUGAGGGUGGCUGGGUUACCAAUGGAGUCAACCGUCAAGUGAGUCACAUGUUUGGCUACGGUCUGAUGGAUGCCGAGGCACUGGUGAACUUAGCUGAGAGGUGGACCACAGUUCCUCCUCAACACAUUUGUCAGACAAGGACUGAUACUACUCAGAGGACAAUACCAUCUGAGCCUGGAGGAACAUUGGAAGCCACCAUGUCCACUGAUGGAUGUGCUGGGACACUGAAUGAAGUUCGGUUCUUGGAACAUGUCCAAUGCAAGAUCACUCUGAGAUUUUUGCCAAGAGGGAACCUACGAAUCAUGCUCACAUCCCCUAUGGGCACUCCAACAACCCUCCUCUUUGAGCGUCCACGGGAUGUCCUCAACUCCAAUUUUGAUGAAUGGCCAUUCCUCUCUGUGCAUUUUUGGGGUGAAGCUGCUCCUGGAGUCUGGAAACUCACCAUUGCAAAUGCAGGGAAGAGACGUGUCUCUCAGCCAGGGUUGCUGCGUUCAUGGCAGAUGAUCUUCUAUGGGACAGACAUCAACCCUGUGAGGUUGAAGGAUGGAGGGAGCACGGUGUCGCAGGUCGGACAGCGUCAUCCUAUGUCUUUCUUCCCCCCAUCUUCCUCAUCGACCCCAUUCGUCCGUCCCCGUCCACACCCACUUCAUCGCCCCACCCCUCAACCUUUCUUCCACAGCUUCCCCAACAUUUUCUCACUGGCUGGCAGCUCUAAGGUUGAGACCUGGGUGGAUGUGAAUGGGACAACAGUGAACCCUAGGACAUCCUUGUCAAAUGCAACCUGUCAUAAGGAGUGUUCUGAUAGUGGUUGCUUUGGGCCUGGUCCCCAUCAGUGUCACCAGUGCCUGCACUUUCAGCACAACACAUCCUGUGUGAAAGCAUGUCCAGAAGGAACGUAUAGUGAUGCCUACCGUAAAUGUGGGGCAUGCCAUGAGUCAUGUGCUUCUUGCACUGGACCCAACCUAAACCAGUGUCUUGCAUGUACUCAGAAUCUCUUCUACAUCCUGGAUCUCUCACUCUGUGUCUCCAUGUGCCCUGAGGGAUACCUUCAAGAGGAGGCAACCAAGCACUGCAUUACUUGUGAGCCCCAUUGUGCAUCAUGUGCUGGGUCCCCGAAUCAUUGCAUUCAUUGUGAUCAUCACCUGUUCCUUCUCAAUCAUACCUGUGUCCCUACUUGCCCCCUUGGAUAUUUUGAAACCUCUUAUCACAGUUGUGAAGCUUGCGAUGAAUCAUGUGAGACAUGUGUUGGCUCUGAGUCAAACAGCUGUGCAACUUGUUAUCCUGGUAUGUAUCACAUGAAUGGGACCUGCAUGAAGUCAUGUCCUCUUGGCUUUUAUGGUCAUGACCACAAUCGGGAGUGCUACCAAUGUCCUCCAGGUGACCAUCCCAUUCCUGAUUCAAAUGAAGUUCAGUUCAAACUGUGCCAGUACUUUGACGGAGAGAGGUGUCGUCCCUGUCACGAGACGUGUGACCUAUGCAGAGGGGGUGAAGCAGGUGAUUGCGUAUCAUGUGUUGAGAACUUGUUCUUUUUCCGUGGUCACUGCUAUGACACAUGUCCCGAGGGAUACUAUGAGUCUCCUGAUGGGACCACAUGCCUCCAGUGUGCCCAUGGGUGCCUUGCCUGCUCACUCCUUGACCAGUGUCGCCAGUGUGACUCUGGAUUGUUCCUAAAGGGCGGAAGGUGUAUGGUAUCCUGUGAGAUGGGAUACUACAGUGACUUGGGUACAUGUCGGGCAUGUGACCCAUCAUGUGCAUCAUGCAGUGGUCCUGAGAAUAACCAGUGCUUGGAAUGCCCUGAAGGAAGGCACUUGGCUGGUGGUCAAUGUCCCAAGCUUUGCCCCAAUGGCUACUUCCCAAAAUCCCCUGACACAUGCCUUCCAUGUCACCAGUCUUGUCGCACCUGCACUGGUAGCAGCAUCACAGAGUGUGUCACAUGUCUCCCCAAUGGCACCCUCCGUGAUGGACUCUGCGUUCCAUGCCUUGCAUCCCAGUAUUAUUCAGCUGAGGAUGGGAACUGUCAUGAAUGUCACCCAACUUGCGGCACUUGCUCAGGUCCAGAUGAACGAAGUUGCAACUCGUGCAUCCCCACCCUCAAGUUUGAUCAUGUUCAGGGCCUCUGCUUGCCAUGCUGUCAGGAAGUCCAUCUUGGCACUCCUUGUUGCCACUGUGAUCCUCACACUGGGAAGUGUGUGGGCAUAGGCCAUGAGACCAGGUUUGCCCACCUGGACAGUGCUGAAAGUGAAGGUGAAGAGGAUGGAAAGGGAAAUGGAUUGUUUGGAGGUGGAGUUGGAGGUGUGAGUGCCACUGGACUCAUUGUCGUAGGCCUACUAGUCCUCCUCAUCACGACACUUGUUCUCACUCUUGUCCUCCGUGGACGGCGACAGGUGCAAUACGACCGCCUGCCACAGGAUCUGCAGCCAUUGCACUUGGCUGGCCUCGACUGUGAUGAUGAUGAGGAAGAGGACAACACUGGAGAAGGGGACAAAAGUACAGAUGAGCGUUCCAAGUUCAUCCAGACCUGAACACAUAUACAGUUUCUUCCUGUGAUUCCUGCUUUUCCCAAAUACAUUUACUACACCCAAGACAUGAAUAACAGGCCCUCAUGCACAAGAGAGAAAUUGUGACCAAGCAGAAGGGGGCAUAUUUUGAGUGUUUCUGGCUUUCAUCUCCAAAAUCAUAACUUAUUGAGACCCCAUUGCCUAAGAGUUUAUCCUGCACCAUUUGGGCUUUCAUUUUCUGUUUUGUGAAGUCUUUUAUUUUUUCUUGUGUAUUUUGGCAUGAAGAGGGAAGAAAAAUAGCUGAAUGAUUUGCUUAGAUGAUGUCUUUUGAAGCAAGCACUUAACCAUCUACUUACUGAUUGCAAUACCUCUGUCCAAGAUGAUCAAGUUCGUUUUUUUAGCCAUGAAAAAUGGAAAUGGGGUGACUGCAAUCGCAUGCUCAUGAUGCAUUCCAAUACAAUAUGAAACAUAUGCAUGCCUUCUGUGACACUGUUUUGCCUGAUAAUUUGAAAGAAUCCACCGACUCGAUACAAAUAAAGUUUCUUCUUGUGGGAUGAACAGA